AUGAGCGAGCUGACACAACUGUUCGAGUUUCUGAGCUCGCCGAACCCGGCGGCCCGCCAGAUCGCCCUGAAGAACCUCAUCGGCCACACCCCCAAGAACGACCCGCAGCGCGACAUCUUCAUCCCGUCCAGCUUUGCCCCGGCUCCGGGAGAGAAGGGCGGCGCCGACGGCGGCGGCCUUCUGCCUAACAAGCGCAAGGAGGGUUCGGAGCAGGACGAGGUCAAGAUCAAGGCGAUCCAGGACCUGGCGAACCUGUGCCGUGACCAAGCGGCGAUCGCGCACGAUGCUCUCUCGGCGCUUAUCAACCUGACGGACAACCUGGCGGUCUCGCGCCAGCUGAUGCAGCCUGAGUUCCUCGUCUGGCUGGUCUCCUACACUGCCAUCGCGAACCUGCAGAUUCCCGUCGUGUCCAUGCCCAAGUCGAAGAACUACCCGCCGUACUACCUCCCCGCGUGCGCGAGCUCUUCUUCGACUAUCCACCCCGACUUCCGUGACCCCGCCUUCGUUCCCCCGAAUGCCGAGGUCGGACAGGAGCCCGAGCGUGACAUUGAGGGACUCCGCGCCCUUGUCGCCGCAUUCGAGGACGGCGCCUCCGAGGGCGUGAAGGAGGGCAAGGGCAAGCGAAAGGGCGACGUCAACUUCCUCGCCUCCGUGUUCGCCAACAUCUCCAUGCUCCCCGCGACCCGUGAUCUGCUCCUUACGCCUCAGCCUGCCUUCCCCGCACCCUCUUCGGAGCGAACAGACAAUGACGAACCGCUCCUCGCCAAGAUUGUUGUCUACACCGAGCACCCGGACACGAUCCGCCGCGGCGGCGCGCUGGGCACGAUCAAGAACUGCGCGAUGGAGCGCGGAACACACCCCUGGCUCCUGGCCACGGAGGACGAGCGCGUCAAGCUCCCGACGUCGGACAAGACAGUCCGCGGCGUCGACGUGCUGCCCUACGUCCUUGCGCCGCUCAUGGGCCCGGAGGAGUACGACAUGGACGAGAUGGAGCAGCUCCCCGAGACGCUCCAGUUCCUCGGCGCGGACAAGAAGCGCGAGCAGGACCCUGUCCUGCGCAUGAUGUGUGUGGAGAUCCUGCUGCUGCUGGCGACUAGCUACACGGGCCGCGAGACGCUCCGCCAGCGCGGCGCGUACUACGUCGUGCGCGAGGCGCACAAAGCCGAGUCCGACCAGAACAUCAAGGAGGCGAUUGAGCGCCUGGUGUCGCUGAUCCAGGGCGAGGAGGGGCGCGAGACGCGCCAGGACACGAUCGACGAUAUUGUCAAGAAAGUCCAGGAGCCCACGGGCGCCGUGCCGCCGACGGAGGCUGCGGAGGACCUGAGAAAGGAGGAGAGGGAGGAGCGCAAGGAGGACGACGACGAUAUGGACGUUGUGGAGGUCUAA